AUGAUUUCUCCAGGACUCAUCUUGUUCUCAAGUUUUCUGUGCUAUAUUGCUUUUGCAGUUCAGACCUGUCCCAGCCCAGAAGAAUUACCAUUUGCCACAGUUAUUCCAUUCAAAAAGUCCUACCAGUUAGGGGAGGAGAUUGUGUACUUCUGCAAGCCAGGCUAUGAGUCGCGGGGAGGGUUAAGACAGUUAACCUGCCCCCUCACGGGGGUAUGGCCCGUCAACACUCUGAAAUGCACACCCAAAGUCUGCCCUUUUGCUGGGAUCUUAGAAAAUGGAGCAGUACGCUAUACAAGUUUUGAAUAUCCCAACUCAAUCAGUUUUUCAUGCAACCCCGGGUAUUAUCUGAAUGGAACUCACACUGCUACAUGCACCGAGGAAGGAAAAUGGAGUGAAGAGAUUCCUGUCUGUGCUCUUGUAACCUGCCCUCCACCACCUGUACCUUCCUUUGCAAGACUGAGUGUUUAUAAGCCGACAUCUGGAAACCACUCCCUCUACAAGGAUGUAGCAUUCUUUGAAUGUAUACCACAUUAUGUGAUGCUUGGAAAUAGUGCGAUUACUUGCACAGAGUAUGGAAACUGGACCGAAUCACCAGAAUGCAAGGAAGUAAAAUGCCCGUUCCCAUCAAGACCAAACCACGGAUAUGUGAACUAUCCUUCAAAACUAACACUUUACUAUAAGGACAGAGCCACAUUUGGUUGCCACAAUACAUACGUCCUGGAGGGCCCAGAAGAAGUAGAAUGCACCAGACACGGGAACUGGUCUGCACAGCCAAGUUGUAAAGCAUCUUGUCAAUUACCUGUUAAAAGAGCCACUGUUCUAUAUGAUGGAGAGAGAGUCAAGCUCCAGGAGAAAUUUAGGAAUGGAAUGAUGCACGGUGACGUAGUUUCUUUCUUCUGCAAAAAUAAGGAAAAGAAAUGCAGCUAUAUAGAGCCUGCUCAGUGUAUUGACGGCACUGUGUCCAUCCCCAAAUGCUUCAAGGAACAUAAUUAUCUGGCUUUCUGGAAAAGUGACGCAUCGGAUUUAAAGUCUUGCUAA